AAGAGAUCUGGAAUCUGGAGCGAUCGUCAUAACGAAAAUACUCUGUUGUUCGGGCAAAGGAAUAUGUCGAAUAAAUACUUAUUUCUACAAUCAGGAUUCCCGCGAGCACCUUUUGGUCUUGGAAUCGGACGUUAUGUCUGUCAGUUACAGAGAAUAACAUUAAAGUUUUGCAAAAGUCAUGGUACAAGUAGAGGCCUAAGAAAUUUUAUAGAACAUGAUUUAAUUAAUUACGCAAAAGAAAAUCCAGGAGUUGUAAUAUAUGUUAAACCAAGAAGGCACAGGCAUCCAGUCAUAGUCGCUGAAUAUCUGAAUGGCGAGAGACAAUGGAUGGAGGUUGCUAAUUAUAGCCAGGAUGAUGUUGUAAAAUGGAUGGAAUUGUUACGAACACAAUUUCAUAAUGGUUCUUCAUUGAGAUAUCGUAAACUGUGGCACACAGAAUUUCCAUCAAUUCAGGGGCCAUGGACACCAUUUACCUUUAGAAAUCCUAUGAUAAACUUGAAUCAAUUUCCUAAUAAAGAGCUUGGUGCAGCUGUUAAGCUUGGUCCUACAGCAACGGAACAACUUGUUCAAUUAUUCAAGGCUCAGCAAUUAGCUGACAAUACAGUUAAUGAUUCCAAAAAAAUUGAUCAAAAUGUUGAAGAAAUUUCCAAACAUGUUCAAAGCACAUAACUUUUUAAGCAAUUUUAAUA